AUGGGGGGCAAAUCUGCAAGCAAGGCCGCUUACUUCGAUAAGCUCAAGGGCCUCCUCGAUGAAUACAAGACCAUUUUCAUCGUCUCCGUCGACAAUGUCAGCUCCCAGCAGAUGCACGAGAUUCGUUUGAGUCUCCGUGGCGAGGGUGUCGUCCUUAUGGGAAAGAACACCAUGGUCCGCCGUGCUCUCAAGGGCUUCAUCGCCGAAAACCCUGAAUACGAGCGUCUCCUUCCUUUCGUCAAGGGCAACGUUGGUUUCAUCUUCACCAACGCCGACUUGAAGGGUGUCCGUACCAAGAUUCUCUCCAACCGUGUCGCCGCUCCCGCCCGUGCUGGUGCCGUUGCCCCUCUCGAUGUCUUCGUUCCUGCUGGUAACACUGGUAUGGAACCCGGUAAGACCUCUUUCUUCCAGGCUCUCGGUGUCCCCACCAAGAUUGCUCGUGGUACCAUUGAAAUUACCACCGAUCUCAAGCUUGUCGAGGCUGGCGCCAAGGUCGGUGCCUCCGAGGCCGUUCUUCUUAACAUGUUGAACAUCUCCCCCUUCACCUACGGUAUGUCCAUCACUCAGAUCUACGAUGAUGGCCAGACCUUCGGUGCCGAGGUUUUGGAUAUUGAGGACGAGCAACUCCUCAAGGCUCUCAGCUCUGCUAUUGCCACCAUCUCCACCAUCUCUUUGGCUACCUCCUACCCCACUCUUGCAUCCGUCAUGCACUCUCUUGUCAACAGCUACAAGAAGGUCUUGGCUGUUGCCAUUGAGACCGAGUUCAGCUGGCCCGAGAUUGAGGAGCUCAAGGACCGCAUUGCCAACCCUGAGGCAUACGCUUCUGCUGCUCCUGUUGCCGCUGCUGCCUCCAGCAGCGAAGCUGCCCCUGCCGCUGCUGAGGAGAAGGAGGAGUCCGAGGAGGAGUCUGGUGACGAAGGUUUCGGUGGUCUCUUCGACUAA